AUGUCCUCUCUCGGUUCGCUGCGCUGCAAUCCAUUUAUAUCAUGGUUUUUUUUUUUUAUUUAUUUAGAAGGGUUUGGGGUUGAGCUAACUAGUGGGGAAUGUGACUGCAAAAAGAUUCAUUCAGGGGAGAUUAGUUGUGGUGAACGACUAUCGGAUCAGAUAUAUCUAAAUUUGAUUGGUGGAAGGUAUAGCUGCUUUCGAUUGUUGAAUGGAACACAUGAAAUUGGAUGCGGUUCUGCAGAAGAAGGAAACGAAGGUGUAGUUGUUUAUGCAGAUAACGCUGAUGAGUUGAUUAAUCUUAUAACAGGUCUUGAUUUCGCCGAUCGCAUUAUCAUGGCUUUCGACAUAUUCCUUCUAAAUGAGAGGAUAAUCAGAGUGUUAAAAGACAACAGGGUACAUGGUGUGCUUCUUUUACGCAACGACUCUACUAUCAUUGAUCAGAAGCGGCUGAAUAUUGGGUUUUCAGAAGAUGCCUUUUGCCCUAAUGAGCAGUUUGAUCUCAGUGGAGAGUGUAAAAAUUGGUGGAAUGAGCGUGGCGCAUUAGUGCCGGCAGGUUUUCGAUUCAUCAAUUGGAAGAAACCAAUUUUUGUUAUUGAAAAUCUCACUGAAAUCGAUAUCAUCAGAAACUUCUGCUAUGAGGCAUUCAACAAGAAGAAUUUGAAAGGAGCCGUACUUUGUUCAGCGCGCAUGAAACAUUUCAUGCGGGCAGCGGGGAAUGCUGAAAUAUGUCUCCAACGCCAGAAGCUGUUCUAUGGCUUUUCGGAUUCAUCGAUCUCUCUCUGCGACCCAUUGGGAGAUAAAAAUUUGUUUGCAACUGUUCCAGCAUUUAUGAAAAAAUUCAGACCCAAAAUCUUAAUCCUCUCUGCCAGAAUGGAUUCCUUCAGUUCGUUCACAGAAGCAGCAGUCGGUGAGGUGUCUGCUCUCACAUCACUCAUUAGCCUUCUGGCGGUUGCUAAAACGAUUGCAAAUCAUUCCAGUGAUUUUGAAGCUGUGGCGCAGCGCAAUGGGCGGGCCGUUAUUUUUUCCUUCUUUCAUGGUGAAUCGCUGGGUUAUAUUGGAAGUAGUGCCACGGUGAAUGACAUCAUAAAAGGCGAAUUUCCUCUAGAUAUCCGACUGACAGACAUCGAUAGUUUUAUUGAGGUGCAACAGCUUGAUGGUUCAGAACCAACGUUCAAUGCUCACAUCGAUUUCAAAGCUUACGAUACUCCUGGAAACAAGCAGAAAGUGCAAAUUUUGCUAGAUGCAGCUUGGUCGUCGCUUAAGCAAAGGGAAUCCAGAAAUGGAAGAGGUAGUAAAAUAACUGUCCAGAGGAAAACUCCUCUACCACCCUCUUCUUAUCAAUCAUUUUUGAAGGGGAAACGUGACAUAGCUGGUUUCGUUCUCCGGCCUUUCGGUCAGCAAUAUAUUUACAACCGAAUAAAUUCGUUAGAGGAUCAAAAUGCAUUCAAAAAUGGCACUGCUAAACUGAGAAAUCAAGUUAUUGCUGCUGCAAGUGCUGUUAUGGGAGCUGUAGCAGGAUUCCUCGCUGGUGGUAAUGAAACGGAAACUGAUUUAUUCAAUCAGUAUGAUAUAGACGAAUUAUAUGUAUCUGUUCUUCUGGAUUGUUUCUUAAAAUAUCCUGAUUGGCAUACUUGUGACUUCUUCAAAAGUAUCACGAAAGGCGAUAGUCAGUUCGAACAUCACUCGAAAGAAACGUACAUAUCGGUAGGAAGAAACAAUUACUCGUUAAUUCGUGUUCUGAUGACGAUGUUAAUUGUUAAUGUUCUUGGGUCCAAGAAUGCCGUUAAUGUAUCUGAUCGUGGUCAAUGUGAGGAUUUAAAUAAGCACAACAAGAUUUAUCAUUAUACUUGGCAGUAUGAUCCAGAAGAUGAAAAGUUUACAUGUUAUCGUAAUUCGCUAUAUACAACAGCUGCGGAAUCUCCGGCUUUCAAAUUAGAUGGGUACGAUAUGCAUUCAGGAGUUUAUUCAACUUGGGUAGAAAGUGUUUGGACAACGAAACAGCUGGAACUUUUCUUAACCGUACAUCCUUGCUUAACGCGUGAUAUCACUGUGUUUCUCUCUGGGUUCAUUUUUUUCAUCAUUUCACUCAUCAUAAUGGAACUGAUUUAUUUAGGAAACAAAGAAGCAAUCGAACCAAUGACAUCCAUACUCGACUCCGACUGUAAUCAUCCCUCCCCACUUUAG